AUGCUGCCACCUGAACUCUUCUCGGAAGUAUGUCUGCAUCUCAACAUCAAAGACAUCUACAACUUGAGUCACGUGAACAGGGAGCUCAAUGGACUGGUAUCAGAUGACUUGUUCAGGACUAAGCUUCUAAAACACUGCCCGUUCUACGAUCUGAGCAACUCUCCGCAUUCAACAUGGAAGGAGUGUGCGUCGACGUAUAUUUCGAGAGAAGGAGCGAUUUGCAAGGAGGUAUCAGAGACCAAGGACUACGUGGUUCACACAGACAACCACAUUUUGUCUGGAUUUGUCUCUCUAUCCAACACUUGCAACGAUUCCAUCCUUUCUUUGGGUCAGAGUAUCAGUCUGGAUGGAUCAAAAGUUACGUUUGACCAACUUGCAACAACUGUGGACGUUGCUACAGGUGAGACUGUUGAUCAAUCAGCAACGGAAGGCCCCAGCUUCAAGGAUGGAACAUAUACGGGCUUCCAUGGCAUAUCAAUGCGCAUUUCAACAAGCAUUCACGCUCAUAUGACGGCCGUGGAGUCACCGGAAGUCCUUGCUGUCCUCACAGGCUGGGGGUUCAACUACCAAAGACUCAUGGUAAAGUAUCGGUCUUCCGAAGGUCUUGACCCGGACUAUGUGGGAGAGCAUAUUAACCAAUUGGACAGAGUAUUUGUCAGUGCAGGUCACGUGUUCUUGAAAUCUGUCAGCAAUUGGACCUAUUUACUACAAGGCGACACGUUCAUUCCAGUUGUCUUCCAGCCUCAAACAACUCGGGAGUACCCCUUUUUGCUCUGCUACAAUGGCCUGUUGAUGCAUUUUAGUGGCACUACAGUGGAGGUGUUCCAUGUUGAUCUGGAGAACAAGGAGUUGAGAGGCGGUAAGGGCGUCUCGUUCACUCAUAGUAGCUCCGGGUUCUCCGGAAACCUCUACAAGCUCAUCCAGGUUGCCGACAAUCCUCGAUAUGCGAUAGAGUAUAACAUCAACAGGACAAUCUGUGGGGUGUGGGACUUCAAACAGAUGAAGUACAUGCGACGGCAGUACAAUGACAACAGGAAGGCGUUGCAGCUAGUAGGAGUGGAAGAUGGAAAGGUGGAGUGGCAGCUGUACACGAGAGAGUACAUGGAGGUGCUUCUAGGUAGACGAUUAGAGUGGGGGGAAGAGGUUGUUCACGAAUAUGGAGAUUUAUAA